AUGGCUGAUUGGAGUAAUGGGAUCUGUGGUUGCUUUGGAGACUGUACAACUUGUCUUCUGUCGUUCAUCUGCCCUUGCAUCCAGUUCGGUCGUAAUGCAGAGGCACUAGGAGAGAGCUGCCUCCUCUAUGCUCUCUCUCAGUUUGUACCCCUCCUCAACCUCUACUGCCGUGUCACCAUCAGAGGAAAGAUCAGGGAGCAGAAGGGAAUUGAUGGCUCUUGCUUCAACGACUUGCUCUGCUCUUGGUGUUGCUAUGAAUGCUCUCUUGCUCAGGAGGGACAAGAAUUGAAAGGUGCUGGAAAUCAGACCAUGGCUCGUGAAUGA